CGUCUUCCUUCACACCUUUACUACUUCGUUGCACAAUGUUCGGUCGUGCUUCUCUUGCGCUCGUUUUAAUUUCUAUAGCCGCAUUUUUCUGUGCGCAAUCUGCGGAUGCUGCCAAGGGCCCCAAAAUCACCCAUAAGGUCUACUUCGAUAUCAGGCAUGGUGACAAGGACAUAGGUCGAGUUGUCAUUGGUCUUUACGGCGGAACCGUUCCAAAGACAGUCGAGAACUUCCGCGCACUUGCAACUGGUGUUGGCAAGGAUGGUCAGGAGCUUGGCUACGGUUACAAGGGCUCCAAGUUCCACCGUGUUAUCAAGAACUUCAUGAUCCAAGGCGGUGACUUCACUCGUGGCGAUGGCACCGGUGGAAAGUCUAUUUACGGCGACCGUUUUAAGGAUGAGAACUUCAAGCUCAAGCACGCCGGACCCGGCACUCUUUCCAUGGCUAAUGCAGGCAAGGACACUAACGGAUCUCAAUUCUUCAUUUGCACUGUAAUCACCAGCUGGUUGGACGGUAAACAUGUGGUCUUCGGAAAAGUCUUGGAGGGAAUGGACAUUGUAUACGCUAUUGAGGACGUUCCCAAGGGCAGCAAUGAUCGUCCAUUGGAGGACGUCACCAUCUACGACUCUGGAGAGCUGCCAGUUGAGCCAGUGGUGGAUGAGACAGGAAAUCAGGACAUCGCCACUGCACCCGUGAAUUCCGUAACUUCGUCAGCCGAUGCUGAAUUGCCCGCCUCUACACCCGCCUCACCAGCAUCUAACGAGAAGACAAGCCCUGUGGAGUCUACUCCCUCUUCAGUUGUGGAUGCCACUCCUGAGGUUGUGGAGGAUGUUUCUGGGUCGUCGGAGCGUCUGAAGUAUGCUGCCAUCUUAUUUGUGGUAGUCGUGGUUGGAGUGGGGAUGUUUGUUUGGUGUGGUGACAGACUCGGUCGUUUGAAAGGCCUUUUUCAACGUGCAGAUCGUACACAUUACAAACGUGUCGGGGACGAGGAUUUGGAGAAGUAAGUGCAGUUGAUAUUGACGUUUCGAGUUGGCGGAACAUACCAGGUCAUGAAACUUGUGCAAUGUAUCAUAGAUAUAUCUUGCUUGGCUAACAUAACUAGUGCUGUCGUUCCUUCGCAAGUCCGUUGUAGGGACUCUUGCUCCCAAGGUGGCAUGACUUAGUGUUCGAACGUCCUUCCUUUCCUUGAAGUCUCCUCUUCGUCUACCUGCCAGUGCGCCUAGGCUACUUCAUUAGUAGCAUAGCAAAUACUAUGUGCACUGAUUAUUU